UUGGCUGAUACAUUUUUGGACUCGAUUGGUGAUGGUGAGGCGUCUGCUGAUGCUGUCAGCUCUCGAGCCGCGCCCGCGCCGCAGUCCUGAAAGAGGGAUGCUGUCGACUCCGUUUGCGGACGGUCCAGCCAGGGCCGAGACACGAUGAAGCGCGUAUAUAACAAUAGGUACGUCCCUGAUUUGUGGUUCCAUCACUCGUCUCAUCUUCCGCGUUUUCUCCGCCUCUACCUAUUCAAAUAAUCGUAAUACCGCAUAUCGACAAGAUGCGCUCUUCGAUAAUAUACAGCGCCGCUCUCUUGGCUGGCGUCGCCUCGGCCCUUCCGACAAACAAGCGCGGCGACUUCUCUCCAGAUAAUGUCUACUUCCCGCUGGCAAAUGGGUUCCCGAACCCUUCGCAGGACCAGAUCAUGGCCAUCCAGAAGCAAGCGGACGGCACGCUGCCCAACGGCCCUCCACCACCAACGCUAAGCCCAGAGGGCGUCACGAACUUGAAGCUCAUUGCCCUCAACGAGCUCUUCGAAGUCGCGUUUUACACCGAGCUCAUCUACAACGUCACCAACAAACUGCACGGCUACGAUCUUGGCUACGGGCAUGAGUAUGUGCUGGAUACCCUGACGGCAAUUCAAGCGCAAGAAGAGCUCCACCUACUCAACGCCAACGGCGCGCUCCAGCACUUCAACCAAGAGCCCAUCCAACCCUGCAAAUACAGCUUCCCAGUCACAGAUUUCCAGUCCGCCAUCGCCCUCGCCGGCACCUUCACAGACGUCGUCCUCGGCACGCUGCAAGACGUGAACCAGAUCUUCGCCAAGAACGGCGACGACGGGCUCGUCCGCGCCGUCUCCUCCGUCAUCGGCAACGAAGCCGAGCAGGAAGGCUUCUUCCGGCUCGUGCAAAAGAAGCGUGCCUCGUCGCAGCCCUUCCUCACCACCUCCGCGCGCGACUUCGCCUUCACCGCCAUCCAGGGCUUCACCGUCCCCGGCAGCUGCCCCAACAUCAACACCAUCCCGCUCAAGACGUUCAAGCCGCUCGCCGUCGUCUCGCAGAACAUCCAGCCCGCCACCCAGAACAUCAAGUUCUCGUUCGCGAAGGCGGAUGCGGGGACCGAGGACUGGGCGUCGCUCAGCGUCGUCUACAUCAACCAGCAGAACGUCCCGAUCGUCAAGUCGCUCCAGAAUCCGAAUGUUGAGGGCGAUAUGGUGGUCUUCGAGGCGCAGUUCCCGUUCGAUGAGUUCCUGAUGCAUGGGCUGACUAUUGCGGCGGUUACGAAAGGGUCUGGACCGUUCGCCAGCGCCGAUGCGGUUGCGGAGGCUGCUAUCUUUGGGCCGGGGCUUAUUGAGAUCGAUUAAGAAUCUCGGGAUUGAAAAGGAAGGUUCGCAUAGCGAUGGCGUUUAG